AUGGCGGCCGCCAGCAACGGCCGGAGCAGCACCACCACGACAACAACGCAGCAGCUACAGCAGCGCCAACACCGCCAGCAGGAGGCAUCGAGUCGGUGGCACCCCCAGCCGCAACAACAACCACGCCGCGGCAGCAACGAGACUCUUCACUUUGUCCCAGGUCCUGCGCCGGCAAAGCACAACAAGGCCCCCGCCGGAGAGAGCUGGUUCGUGAACGCCUCCGGCAGGUUCGUCGCUUCCGCCACCAAGGGCUCGGCGGCGGCGGCUUUCGCGGCCGCCGCCAGCAGCGGGAGGGCAGCCGGGCCGCCGGCGGCGGGAGGCUCCGGGUCGCCGAUCAUCACGGCCCUGCGGGUUCAAGCCACCCCAGAGAAUAUACUGCCCGUGCCUAUGGUGGUGGCCACCAGCAGCGGCAGCGGCGGCGGCGGCGGCGGCACUGCCCCGGAGAUUAACGCCAAGUGUCCCGAGUGUCAGGAUCUUGUCAAGGCGAGGCUGGACGAGCCGACGCUCAUGAGCGAGGACCGGCAUCGGUGGGAGGACGGCGCGUUCGGAGCGGGGGACUGUGCGAGCGAGACGCUGGAGAGCGGGGGCGGGGGGGAGCAGGCGGCGGCGGAGGAGGAGGCGGGCAGCACCGCCAGGAGGGCGGCAUCCGCUUGGAGGCUGCGGGAGCUAACGAGGACCUUCAACGUGGGGAUCAUUCUGUGCCUCAACUUCGGGCGGAAAUAA